CUUCUUUUUCCUUUUAUCUUUUUUUUUCUUCCCCUUUUUUCAUUUCCUUUUCAUCUUUAUGACGUAUCUUCCUCGGAAGCAAGUUCUUGAACGCCUUGAUUACUAUUACAAAGCAAUCUAUAGUACUAUACUUGCUAAACAGAAUGCCGCCACGGGGUUGAUACCUGCAUCGGUAGCUGUCACGAGCCAUGGAAAUUAUACAGAUGCUUGGGUGAGGGAUAAUGUGUAUUCUAUCUAUGCCGUGUAUGGUUUAGCUCUGGCUUAUCGCCGGAUCGAUGAUACCAGCGGAAGAACAUUUGAACUUGAGCAUUCGGUCAUUAAAAACAUGCGUGGUCUUUUGUUUGCCAUGAUGCGACAAAGUCAAAAAGUGGAAGCUUUCAAGUACACCCAAGCAUUGGAACAUUCAUUGCAUGCAAAAUACGAUACCAAUACAGGCGAAACGGUUGUAGGAGACUUUGAAUGGGGUCAUCUUCAGCUCGAUGCCACCGCUUUAUUUAUGCUUGCACUCGCUGACAUGACCACCAGUGGCUUCACCAUCGUCUACAGUCAAGAUGAAGUGGAUUUCGUGCAGAACCUCGUUUUUUACAUUGAGCGUGCUUAUCGAACGCCAGAUUAUGGCAUUUGGGAACGAGGCAACAAGAUCAACCACGGUCAACCGGAGCUGAAUUCAUCGUCCAUCGGUAUGGUCGUGGCUGCUCUGAAGGCCAUCAAUGGCAUCAACCUAUUCGGCGCUCGUGGCGGAACGUCUUCCGUGAUCCGUGUGCUGCCGGACGAGUUGACGAGAAAUGCGACGACGCUCCACAGCUUUUUACCUAGAGAAUCUAAUUCCAAGGAAAUUGAUGGGUCGAUACUUUCCGUCAUUGGGUUUCCCGCUUUCGCUGUGGAUGAUCCAGAGCUCAUGAUGCGUUCCAAAUCAGAAGCCAUAAAAAAACUGGAAGGACGAUAUGGAUGGAAACGAUUUUUACGCGACGGGCAUCAAACCGUGCUGGAGGAUACAUCACGACUUCAUUAUAACGCCAACGAGCUCAAAGUGUUUGAAGAUAUUGAAAGCGAAUGGCCGUUAUUCUUUACCUACAUGCUGCUGGAAGGGUUAUUUACAGACGAUAGGAUCCAAGUAGAGAAUUAUCGACAGAAACUACAACCACUCUUGAUCUAUGGAAACUCGGGAACAUCCCUCGACAGCAGUGCUAUGCAAACGCAUGGGCAAGAGAUAGUGUCAUCCCCUGUGGAUAUGUGCAGUCCAUCGCCUACCGGUUUCCCGCUUUUAGCCGAACUGUACUAUGUGCCAGAACAUGCAGUCGAAGCAGAAAAAGCGAACCCUCACUCGCAGCAACGAUGUCCCAAUGAUAACGUACCGUUGGUGUGGGCCAACUCGCUUUACACUUUAGGCAAUUUGAUGUACGAAAAUCUGCUGUCACCCUCAGAAAUGGACCCACUUGGUCGGCGUUACAUGACAGCCAAAAGGGAGACGAUCGUCCAAAUUGCGCUUAUUGCGGAAGAUGCCGAAUUACAGAGUAUUCUAUCAUCUAUGUACGGAUUAGAAACCCAAACCGCCGAUCAGAUUGUUAGCACCAUCACGAUUCUUCCCCCCAAUGCGUUGGCCGAUAUUUAUGCUGGUCUCGGUUUGAAUACAAAAAUGGGCAUGAGUGGACGCCCGAAAAGACCUAUUGGUGUUCUAGGUACUUCUCGACUUUACCGCAUUCAAGGCCAGAUCUAUGCUUUCACGCCGCAUUUCAUGGACAAUAACGAGUUUUACCUGAACGCCGAUCCCGAUUAUUUGGUGUCUGCUUUUGAAAGCGAGCUCAGCUUUACCAGCCAAAACUGGUUCUAUGCUGGCCGACCUACCAUGACAGUCAUUCUUACACGAUCGCUACUGGGAGGAUUGCAAACCAGCUCAGGCGCCCCAAUGGAUCCGUCGAGAAAGAAUCUGCUCAACUUCUUUUUGAGUCUUCGCAACGGUCUGUGCAGCGGUAUCCGAGUACGCUUGUCACGAUUAGCUGAAACCAUGAAUACCAGUAAUAUCGAGUCGCUCGACUUCCUCUUGGAUAAACCCGAGAUCAACUGGGACCUUAUUCGACGCAAUGCCUCACGCCGAGGAUCGUUUCGUAAACUUGCUUACAGUGAAUCCGCCACUCAAGCAAGUACUCCCGGGGCCAAGACCCCUGGAGCCAAGACCCCACGACGACGCAGUAUGCAUUUGCAGACCAAAUCCAUCAGUUUGCCGUCUUCAGCGCAGCAGGAUGAUACUUACUUUCAUGCCCUGGCCGACGCAUUGUCCAAGCUGAAAUCAAAUGUGGAGCCUGAAUUUAGACUGAAAGAUCACAAAGACAGUUCGCCGACCAACAAACACGAAAAACAAUCAAGAUCUCCGAAUGGGGCCGCCGCCGUUGACGAAGACGAGACAGAGACAGAAUCGCCAAUGGAAAUGCUGUCCCUCACCCUAGGUGAUUCAUCGCAGUUUGAUCAAGCUGUGGAAAGUCUGGCUGCAUCGGUCAACCUCUAUGAUCAAAUAGAUUUACUACAAUACAUGCUGUCUUGCAAGCCAAAGAACUCAUAUAUUGAGCGGUUGGAUGCUACGCUUCAAGAGCUUUUGGAAGAGGUGUAUCUGAAAUCGAUGAAACUUCAGUACUGGUUUAUCGCCAGACAAGCCGCUGGAUUAUUGCAAAAGAUGGUGCCUUCCUUGACGAUAUGCAUUACCGACCUGGUGAUCCGUCAAAAGCAAGUCAGCAUCGGUUCGGGUCCACACGAGUACUUGAUCUCCGCACCUGUGACGCCGGAUACAUUAAACAGAAUGAUUGUCGAGCAUUGUCAUGAUGCUGUACGAGAGGGCCCUCUGGUGCAGGAAGUGCUCAUUUAUCUUGGAAGCUUUAUUCGUACAUCACCUCAAAUGUUGGAUGGCAUUCUGCGUUUACGUACACAUUACAUCAUCAUUGCACUGAGAGAGGAAAUUCGAAGAAUGAACCAUUGCAACGAAGAAGAGGCUAUUGACCACUUGAUGCAGCUGUCGCCGUACGAGUUAAAGUUACUCUUAGCUACGAUCCUUUCGGGUCCCCAUCUCACCACCACCAAUAUUGUGGUACGAGAUAAACCGGGAGGUUACGUGAUGCUCGCCCAGUUGCCUGAACAAACUAGCAUAGUAUCACCGCUUGAAAUCGGUCAUCAUGAAUACCCCAACUCUCCUUCCAUUACUCAGUUAAAGGAUGAUACCCAUCUGGUGGUUCGUGUUCAGUCGGCUGGAUAUUGUGCAGGAAAUUUUGCCAAAUUGGAAAUCAACGGCAGUGCGAUGGAUGCCACUUCCCGUGGAAUUCAUGUGUGGACCAUGACUCUUCGUGAUAAAGUUGUCAUCGAAAGAGCAUCGUUCGAUACCCAUAUCUCAGAGGAAGAAAGCGCAGACUUUGUACGAUUCUUGAACUGGAUUCCGGCAAGAACCGUGGUGGUGAUUGCAGCCAAAGAUGAAUUCACCGAGCAUUUGACCACGGAAGCUGUUGAGGCCUUGGAAGCCCUGGGAAGUCGGAAAAUACGCCAAGUGCGUUAUCGUGACUCGUAUGUAUUCGUUGGUGAAAGAGGUUGUCCAGAGGAAGUUUGGGAAGCGCAUCAUGGAAGUAUGGAUGGUCCUACAGAGAUCUUCGAAAAACGUAUCCAGUUGAACCCACAGACAGUACCAUCCGCCAACAAUGACAUCCUGGCUUCAUGUUUCCCAAAUUCGAAUGGUCGUUGGUUGCAUCGUCGCAAGAAUGAUGGAGCGCUCAAUCGGGUUCCUUCGGGUUUCUUCCCUCAGACAUGGAACAUUUUAAACAGAUCGCAAGGAUUGUGUAUCCAUCAGCAUAUUCUUCCGCGUGAUCCUAUUGUUCUAGAAAAGACGCCUGAGGAGUUCAAUUUUGCACUGGCAGUGGAAGGAUUCCUUGGAUUUUGUAAAGAUCCGGCUGAACGUCAAAUUGCCGUGGAAAUCCUUACGGUGAUCUCGCGUCUGCAAGAACAUCAACCCCGGAUGAUGAUUAAUGAUAUCAUCGAUUUGCCCCUGAUCAUGGAAAGCGCCGCGAGACGUUUCUGUAAAAAGUGGGCCGAAAUCAACAAGGCCACGCUAGCCGAAAAGCCAAUGUUUAAACACGGCUUUGAUUAUGACAAACACAGAGAAACCGUCCUGGAACUGUUCUUUGAUUUACCCCAAGAAGGUCCCGAUAGUACCUUUGAAUACUUAUCAGAGACCAUUGUGGAAAUCUUGAAACUCUAAUUUAUUUAUUUUUGGUAGCCAUAAACUGAAAAAAAUGUGUAUCUGAUGAUCAUCUUGUCUACUUGUAAACAAAAGAGAAAUAUAUAAAGGAUAUCAUUAAUACCAGUGACGGUAAU